UUCAGCAGAGAAAAGAAAGUUAUACACAUCUGAGAUGUCAUGAGGGUGAGGAAAUAAUUACAUUUUUUGUGUGAACUAUACCUUUUAUCAUAUUUAUAAACACACACACACACACAUAUAUAUAUAUAUACCAGCAAUUAAUUCAAGACCCAAUUUGCACGCAGGACAAAAUCACAGAUGCUCAGGUACAAUGUGCAUAGUGGCCCCCUGCUUGACUAGUCCUGCCUGUAUCCGUCUGUCUCCUCACACGACCCGUCCCGUCCGCUUAACCCAUAAUUCCCAGCGACGACACAACAUGGAAGAGGCCAACAGCUGCAAGAGAACAAUGUUUUGGCUGUGAAAUAACUCAAAGGAUCGAGCGCUGGGAUUCAUUUGAACGCUACGAGUCGGCCGUGGUCAUGUAUAACAUAUUUCAUCAUCUGAGCUGAAUGAACUUUGGCCAGUUGAAGACCCAAACAUGAGUAUUAUCCAGGACAAGCUUGGCAAUGAGUUUUUACGGAACGGAGGCACGGACCCCAACUUCUCCCCCAGCAUGAUCAUGUUUAGCCAUUUACCUCCAGUCACCAGUUUCACGCGGCUGACUUCGCAAACCAGCAUGGUGGAUAUGCCUCAGGAGAUGAUCCUAAAGAAAGAGCGUGACUCUCCUGACCAUGGUGGUUGCUUUCUCCAUAGUAUGGGUAUCAAACAGGAGAAGCUCAAUGAGUUGGAUUACCGCCUCCCAAUGUAUGAAACAGGAUCCAUAGGAGGAAAAAGCACUGAUAUGUUGGACAUGUCUCUCAACAACCACCAGAAUAUGCUUCUGCAUGACCUAAGCCAUAGCAACCAGUUCUCUGACAGACUGGGGAAAGACCCAAAAGAAUCUGGCCCUAGAAGAGGGAGGAGGGCAAAUGGAGAAGGACCAGAGGGCAAAGCUAGAAGGAAACAAGGGGACUCUGCAAAGUCACUCAUGCUAGAUGGGGAUGCUGGGCCCCUCUCUCCCAACUCUAAACCGCACAUAUGUGAGCACUGCAAUGCAGCCUUUCGCAGUUCCUAUCACCUACGCAGACAUGUGCUUAUUCACACAGGUGAGAGGCCUUUCAGGUGCAGUCAGUGUAAUAUGAGCUUCAUACAGAAGUAUCUGCUGCAGCGGCAUGAGAAAAUCCACAGUGGGGAGAAACCAUUCAGCUGUGACCAGUGCAACAUGCGUUUUAUUCAGAAGUACCAUAUGGAGAGACACAAAAGGACACACAGUGGAGAAAAGCCAUAUAAAUGUGACACCUGUCUACAGUAUUUCUCACGGACAGAUCGAUUACUGAAGCACAAGAGAACGUGUGGAGAAGCUAUGAAGAAAGGUCUGGACCCAGAAAUGCUGGACCUUGGAGACAAGGACAUGGGACAAGGUAGCUACCAACUGACUCAGGGAAACACCAGCGCCCCACCUCGCAAGAAGGGCAAGUCCAAAAGUGGCAACGAGGGUGGAGAGCGACGGAGAAAGAAAGGAGCAGCUGUGGGAAGAGGACUCCGCCCACAGGAUUAUACCAUGAACAUCCCCAGUGGAUCAGGGACGUCUUCCUCAGGGGGUCUUGCUGAGACAAGCAUGGACAACCAGCAUGGGCACACACCCAAGCUUGUCUUUAAGAAAGGCGGUCGCAAGGGAAUGGAUAAGGGUCCAGUUUCUAUGGAGGGUGCCAACGAGGGUCUUCAUGAACAAAAGCUGCUGACACAGAAGCAAGGCACUCUGGACAUGUCUGGAGCCUCAAGUAUGGACAGUCUUGGUCUCCUCCAAACCUCCAGUGGCCCCAAACAGGGAGGUACCAGCAGCAACUAUGAUGAUGCAAUGCAAUUUUUGAAAAAGAGACGAUACCUGCAUGCUGCAAACAGCAAUGACUUCAGCUCAGUUCACCUUCCUCAGCCAACAGUCAUCCAGGGUGGCAUAGGAGAACCCACACUGGCCUUGCUCGACACCUCACCUCUGGUUAGCGUUGACAAGCAUGACAAGUCAGGGAUCCCAGAUGAGGUGCUACAGAGCCUGCUGGAUCACUACAGCCACAAAUCUGAUGGCUCUCAUCAUGAUGUGACAUUUGAUCUGUACCAUGUGGAAUUGCAGCAGGCCUCAGCCACCUCUGAUCUUGGCCAUGAUGAGGGAUCCCCUAGUGGCUCUGGAGACAAGAGUGGGGUGAUGAACGAGUACUCCAAGUUCUUGCUCCAGACCCUGGAGAGAACCAGCCACAGCAGCAGCUUCGCUUUGGGCCCAUGUGGUCCUUUCGCAGGCCUCCUGUCAUCUAGUAGCAGCCCUGCUAGCACACUCUUCUCAGACAAGAACAUCUACGCCACCUCCCCUAUGGAGUGUGGAUUCGGACAGUCUGUUUCCUCCCCUCUUGCUCCCUCCUCAUCUUCUCUAACCAAGUCCCAUUUUGGAAUGCUGGUUGGGUCUCCAUCACCCUCCAAUGCCUCACCAUCCUCCCAACUGGGCUUUCAUCUUGGUGGCCUGGAGCCAGCCACACACCAGCAGCUUACCCCAUCUCAAGAGCUCACCGAUCAGCUGGACAAGCAGCACUCUCCAUCGUACCGUCUUACAAACCGGGAGCUGACCAACAGUAGCAGCCAGAAAGACCAGCAGACAAAGAAUGGCAGUUCUUCGGCCAAUGGCAACAACAGAGGCACCAAUGGCAGCUCAUCUAAUGGCUCCGUCUACCCUUUGGCCCCACCUCCUGACCUUGCUACACUGGAAUCCUCCAAGGAAGGGGUGGACAUGCGUUCCACCUACCAGAUAGAGAACUUUGCCCAAGCCUUCGGAUCUCAGUUCAAGUCUGGUUGCCGGACCCCGCUAGGUUAUGGCAGUGACCCGCGGGUAGGGGAAGUCGACCACAGAAUACAGCGGACUCCCGUGUCAGAAUUCUCAGGGUUUACUAGUCUGUUAGCAGAUGUCAAUGAGCCAGCUAGCUCAGGAUCCAAAACCUCCACAAGCCAAAGCUACAGGUAAGGGUUGAGGUUGCUCACCUAACCCUGUUGUGUGAGAUGAGGACUUUCUCCAAUGCUUCCCUCUUCUCACCGAGUAAAACUUUAAUUAUUACACUGCCAUUAAAUGUCAACUGAAGACUUUACCAGGGAAGGUCUACAAGACCUCAGAUGCAAUUUUUCUUGUUCUUCUUUUUAAUGUGUUAUAGUCAUUUGUUUAAUUAGUGUAGUGCAGUGUUUCCCAAUCCUGGUCCUGGAGUACCCUCAACACUGCUCAUUUAGCUUGUCUCUCUUAUUUAACACACUUGAUUAACUCAUUAGCUCAUUAGUAGAGGCUCCAUGAGCAGAAUUGGUUGUCAAAUAAGUGUGAGACCUAAAAUGUGCAGUGUUGGGGGUACUACAGGACCAGGAUUGGGAAACACUGGUGUAGUGGAUGUAAGAAUAGAUUUAAAUGAAUUUUCAUCUAAAUUAGAGGGUAGACUUGUUUGAUUUUUCAAAAACCGUGGAUGUCUUAGCAAUCAUAGUCCAAGUGUAAGAUUAAGUUAAUAAUGGAAGAUGAUUUACAAUAAUAACAGAUGUCAGGGAGUGGCCCAGUAUUCAACGGCAAAAAAUGUAUUGUCUGUUACAAUAAUCUAAAGUAUUACUCAGGAAAAUGCAUGAACUUUUUUUAAUGAGGUGCACUGGCACCCUUUUUUACAGGUGUACUUUGAAAUGACAGUGAAGCUUUUAUUUCUAAAUUCCUUGAGAAAGACGAGCUUAUUUGGAAUCUGAUUGAUCGGCUUAUAACACUGGUGACUCUUUUCACUACUUUAUGGUACUUCUAAUCUCAAUGUGAAAACCUUGCAUACUUUCAUCACUAAGGGCCAUGUUAAACACAUGAAGUUACACAUACACACAAAACAUACAUGUAUGUAAGUAGACAGAGAAAGAUUCAAGCAUAUGUAGAUAUUUAUUUGUAGCUACAUGGAACUUCAGUACUAUUGUCUCAGGGUGAGCAGUAAUUCUUAUCCCUUCUUUAAAUGUUACUUUUUGUCAGCUGACAACACUUUUAUCUCUCAAGGAAUCAAAUAAGCACUUUUAGAAACCAUUGAAAGCAAGAAUUCAGAUUCAGAACUCAUAAACCAAUUAUUUUUUGAUGAAGAAAGCUGUGAUUUUAAAAGUGGGGGAGGGAAUGGCAGCUUUACCAUAACAAAGGGCAUUAAAGUUUUUAAGAGAGUAAUUUCCUGUAUUGGUAAUAUUAUUUUGUUCCUCUAAUUCAAAAUGCUGUUAUUGAACAUAAAUGCCACUUUUUAUUGUUGUGAGUCAUCUGGCUAAAAACAGGUUUUGCAAGUGUUCCACUAUCACAACUAUUUGAAUUUGGAUGAGUAGCAGCAAUUGGAGUUCUACCUCUUAACGUGUAAUAAAUUGAUUGCCUGACAAAAUUGCAAUUGUCCCUUUUAAUUGUUGCAGGAAGAACUAAAUUACUAUUUGAGUUGUACGAAUCAAUGGAAAGGACCUAAACUUGUGGUGUG